GAACAGCGGCCAUAACGUUACCUUCAGUGGAUAAACUUCAAACCCCAACAUUGACAGAUUAUUACUCAAAGCUUUUCUCACAUCUUCCACAUUGACCGUGGGCAGCGCCAUCACUGAACGUUUAAAUGUGUUGGGUUGUGGGAAAUUAGUGUUCUCUAUCACUUGACUCUCUUAUUUCCGCGUUGUAAGCAUUUAAUCUAUCAACUACAAUACCCAGAACCCAUUACUGCAACGUGUAAUACGCAAUCACGUUGUCGAGGAUUUAAAAGUGGAACAAGACAGUACAAAUCAGUCUUGGCACCCUUGUCCUAUGGUUUGCGUAGAGCAGCCCUGACUGAGAUGAACUGGGACAACCAGCUGAGCUCCAUCCUCUCAGCAGCUGAUGGCAGUGUUGCCAAGAUGAGGGAGAGACUGACCACGCCAGGGAAUUAUCCAAAAGGUAGAGAAGUAGAUCUCUAUCCAGUCAGGGAGGUGGCUAGUGUGUCAAAUUUGGAGCUCCCUCGUCUCCCCCCUCUCCCCAAGUCCUCCAUCUCUCUCCUCCCCCCUCCCUCCUCUGCUGUGCAGUGGGCAGACCUGGCAGCCGUCCAAUCACAACUGCAGAUCCAGAGCCAGGCCAUAGAGUCUCUGACCCAAAGUCUUCAUGACAUGGACAGAGAGAGACACUCUCAGCAGCGCCACAUACAGGCACUACAAGACGAGGUUCGCAGGCUGCGAGAGCAGGCGACGGAGAGAGAGCGGGAACAAGAAAGGGAUGGAGAGAGGAGAGGGUCAGGGAUGACUAGUCCAGAAGUGGAGAGAAGGAUGGACCAGUGGAGGAGAGAUGUGGCCCGUGAGCUCAGCACUCUGAGAAGGCACAUCACCAGAGCCACAUCACAAGGCAACCUGGAGGAGAGUUUCUGCUCUAAGCUACGAAGGGAGGAGUUGGAUCAUUUGAGGAGAGAGGUGGACACACUCAAAACCCAGCUCAGGAGGCAGGAGGAGGACAUGUUUCUUCAGCAGUCGGAGGCCAGAGAGACGAGGAGGCAGUAUGAACACAGCUGCAAGACACUAGAGGAACUAACAGACAGCUACAGAAACCACAGCUUUGACCUGGCCAAGACUGUUUCUCAAUACACACACACAGAGCAGGAGGUCCGCCAGAUCAGGAUAACUGUAUCGGAGCUGAAGGACGAGAUCAGGAGUCUGAUUCUCCGGGAGAGACAUCACACACCUACUGUUACACUACACACAGCAGUUCCAGCAUUAGCUGCCUUCUCCCGCUGUAAAGAUGCCAGGGGUCAAAAGGCGGCGCCAGACUCUGACUCUGACGACUUCAGUCCCACCCCCAGUCUGGCUGAGGUCAGCUCUGAUGACCUGUCCUGGCUGGAUGACAGAGACACAGCUCCUCCUCUAGCAGUACCUCGGGUACAUCAGAGCUCUCAUUCUGCAGGAAAUGACCUCAGAGGACCAGGAAGUGGCCUGGAUGAUGAUGAUGAUUGAUGAUGAUGGAAACCUUGAGUUGGGGUCAGACAGCCCCCCCGACCUCAGCCUCAAUGACCUUUGAGAGGCUUUGUCAUGCCAGUGUUCUAGAAUGCUAUGAGUUCUUUCUUUGAGAAGUUUUUGGGCACGAACCUCAAACCCUGACUAAAGAGGAUGAUGAAAAGGCUGAACUCUGCUUGAGAAAAAGAAAGCACCUUAUUUUAAAAACUCCUAUGUGAUUAUGCUCUGUCUGUUGUCUUGUGUUUUUUGGGAAAAGGUGUACAAUAGUGUUUUGUAUUACACACCAAUAGUAUUUAACUCAACAGUGUGGCAGCAUUCUGUGAUUGUCUUAAUGAAUUACAUCUGGGGAAAGCUUUGAUUUCACUGACGAUAUACAACUUGAUGAUCACUGGUGUUUUUGAGUCUUAGUAAAAGUAAACAUCAGUCCACCAUAUGUUUUACUAUCUAAGGCUGAUGCAAAUCAGUGAGGUGCUCUCUCUUAUUUGGUACUGUAUUUGUAUCUAUUUACUGUAACGUAUUGAGAUGCAGCCCAGGCCUCUCUUCCCCCUCGCCUUUGGACCACAGACAAGUCCUGCUGUGUAACAUGAGUCAGUCUGUUUAAUAUUUCAGCAGUUAGAGACUGUCUAGCCAGAUACCCACGCCCCCCCCCCCCUCCCCACGAAGGGGAAUGGCCCAUGGAGCGAGGGACCACAGAUGGGUUGGGGAAAGGGGGGUUAAUGGAGGGGGCAAUGGGGAAGGGGUGAGAUAGGGAGGGGCUUUGGCCAUAGUGAUGACAAGUUUUAAUGUGGAUGAUUCAGGGCUUUCUCUUACAGUUCCAUCACACACAGCCAAGUACUAGACCGCUGCUUGUUUAAAUGUUACAUUGACUCACUGUACGGCCUGUAAAACAAAUGUGAUGAUUUUGGGCUUCUGCAACAAAAUUCUGGAUAAAGAGCUGUAAUAAAAUAGUUCAUUUGUUGUA